AUGACGAAAGGAGUUGAUCCGCAGCACGGAUCUUCGAAACGUGGAAUGGGGGGGGAAACUUGCGAAAGUCUUUUGCGUGCUGCUCGUGCAGGAGACACUCAAAAAGUUGUGGAUUUAAUCAAUUCGGGCGUUAAUAUAAAUGCGACGAACCCGACUGGACUGACAGCGCUGCAUCUCGCUGCAAAAGAGGGCCACAUUGCGGUUGUCAAAGAGUUGAUUCUUCAUGGGGCCGAUGUUAAUGCUGCCUCGAAGAAAGGCAAUACAGCCCUUCACAUCGCCUCUUUGGCUGGCCAUCUGGACGUAGUAAAAGCCCUUAUUGACGCCAAUGCCAAUCCCAACUGCCAAUCAGUGGUUGGUUUUACUCCACUCUACAUGGCAGCCCAGGAGAACCAUCUGGACGUAGUCAUCCUAUUGCUCAAUAAAGGGGCCAAUCAGUCGCUUACGACAGAGGUAUGCUUUGUGAAAUACCUCCUCACUUACCGACGCAUGAACCGCUUUAUCAUUGUCGGAUAG